UUAAGGCUGUAUAGAUUCCAAUGCUUAUCUUAAGUUGAGGCUGUAUAGAUUCUAAUGUUUGCUUUCAUUUAAGGCUGUAUAGAUUCUAAUGUUUGCUUUCAGUUAAGGCUGUAUAGAUUCUAAUGUUUAUCUUAAGUUGAGGCUGUAUAGAUUCUUAUGUUUGUCUUAAGCUGAGGCUGUAUAGAUCCUAAUGUUUGUCUUCGGUGAGGCUGUUAAGCUGAGGCUGUAUAGAUUCUAAUGUUUGUCUUCAGUUGAGGCUGUAUAACGUUCAAUGUUUGUCCAAAUUUUAGGCUUUAUUGAAUCCAGGAUCUCUCAAAUUUGAAGCUGUUUAGAUUCCAAUAUCUGUCUUAAUAUAAAGCUGUAUUCAGUCCAAUGUUAGUGCUACGUUGGAGUUGAAAAGACUCCAUUGUCUGUCCUACGGUGUAGCUGUAUAGAUUCCAAUGUCGAUCGAACUUGGGAACAGUGAGCUAUAAUUGUUUAUUUCCUUGAAAAGUAUUUAUUUUAUUUAAAAUUGUCAUCUUUUGUCUUAAUUAUUAUCUGAAAUCUCAAAAAAUGUGGAUAAAGAAAUUUUCAUAUAUUUUACGACAUUUCAAUGGGGGUGUAUAGAUUCCAGUGGUCAGUCCGUGAGCGUGUAUAGAAUAUAACGUCGACCGCAUAAAAAUGUAAACAAUUUUAACGUCUUGCUAAGUUUAAACCCUUAGAUCUUGACACAACAACUAUUUCAUGGGUUUGAUGUUUAUUUGUUCAAAAGUCUUGCAGGUUCAGCGAUUUAUUUCCGUAUUAUAGUGAUGCAUGGACCAGCUGGUCAGACUUAAGAAAUAUUCUUGUUGCUUUAUAUACAUGCUCCAGUACCAACUACAUAUCAUACCUGAAGAUGAAUUCAAAAGCUGGAAUUCUUUGAAAUAGUGAGCAAGGCAAUGACUUCACAGAGCCAUCUAGGAUUCAACUCAUCAGCAGUAAACUCAUCUGAUAGUGUACUAUCAACAACCCUGUCAGCUGUACCAAAGGCACAUACGAGUCAUGUUGUGGCCUACAUUGUUAUACCUCUUGGAUCAUUGGUUUUGGUCAUAGUGCUGGCACUUGUCAUAAUGAUGAUAUUUAAGAGGAACAGGAUAGAGCGACUGCGUCACCACCUAAUGCCGCUGUACAACUUUGAGCCGGGAGAGGAAGACUGGGAGUCAGAGCUCCUGGAUGAUCGAGGAAGACGCAUGUACUACAAGGAUGGGGGAGGGCCUAUGAACUAUUCACAGGGCCCCAGCUAUGCGGCUCCGCAGUUGCAGUUCAACGCAUAAUACUUCCUGGUCACAGCUCCUGAGCCAUGAGAUAAGACAGUCGCCAAACAGGUCUCGUUGAGCUCACUCUUGUUAUGAAUCAAAAGUAUUUAUGUUAACUGAGUAUUUUGUUGUAAACCUCUUUUGUGAUUAGUUAAAAUCAGUAUACAUUUUUUGUGAUCGCUGUGUAUAACAUGAAUCUCAUGAUAACUAUAUAGUUAAGACGGCUUCAGUUACUACCAAACAGGUCUGAUUUUUCAAACAAACCUUUAUAUUUGAUUCAUUCCAAGUUGUUAGUCUGACAUUCCAAGUAAUAUUGUAAAAAUGUAACUCUUUAGGUUAUCAUAACGUUUCCAUGUACCCAUUGUUUAAAGACUUUUUACAUAAGGCUUACAUGUACAUCUAAAUUCAUUGAAAAUUAAUUUGUGGAUGUAUAAUAUAUAUACAGUAAAUAUUCUUUCAUUGCAAUUACUGACUAUAGAUGUACAUGGUUUUGACCAUCAUCAAUCUAUACACUGUUUGUAUGGACAAAAAUCAAACUCAGUAAGCUUGAUCAGAUGAAUACUGUUUUUAGUUGUUAUUGUAGCUUUUAACAUUUAUUGAAUAGAAGAAAUGCGAAAGUUUUGGUGUAAGUCACCGAUGGUCUCUGAGAGCAUGAAAAAAUUCUGUGACCAUGUGAACUUUUUUUAUUUUAUAAAAAAUUCAACAACUUACCUGUUUCAUGUAUACUUAUUUAAAUUUUAGAAAUUUUUUAUUGUGAUGUCAUUUCAAACAUGUUCAAACAUGUUCACAAUUCAUUUAUGUUCUUUAAGAGUAGUGAAAAUAUCUUAAUUCAAUAUAUUGAUGUGAAAAAGAACAGCAGUAGAAAUAAAGUAGUAGUUUCAAAUACUAACGGACUUCAUCUCCACUUUUUGAUCUUAUUAUGUACUUUUGCUAGAGUUUUUGUUUAAUGUCUUUUUUUCUUACACCAGUAUUCUUUACAAAUUAUUAUAUCUCUAAAUUGUUACACCAGCAUUCCUUACAAAUUAUUAUAUCUAUAUUUUGUUACACCAUCAUUUUUUACAAAUUAUUAUAUCUCCCACAUUGUUACACUAGCAUUCUUUACAAAUCAUUUUAUCUCUAUUUUGUUACACCAGCAUUCUUUACAAAUUGUUUGAUCUCUAUUUUGUUACACCAGCAUUCUUUACAUAUCAUUUUAUCUCUAUUUUGUUACACCAGCAUUCUUUACAAAUUGUUUUAUCUCUAUUUUGUUAUACCAGCAUUCUUUACAAAUAAUUUUAUCUCUAUUUUGUUACACCAGCAUUCUUUACAAAUUGUUUGAUCUCUAUUUUGUUACACCAGCAUUCUUUACAUAUUGUUUUAUCUGUUCUUUGUUACUUCAGCAUUUAAAAAAAAUGUUUUAUCUCUAUUUUGUUACACCAAUUUUUUUAAAGUUGUUUUAUCUCUGUUUUGUUACACCAAUGUUUUUUACCAAUUGUUUUAUCUCAAUUUUGUUACAACAGUGUUUUUUUACAAAUUGUUUUACCUCUAUUUUGUAUCAGCAAUGAUCUUCACAUUUGUAUACUCUAUAAUUAUUAUUUACAUUAUCAGUAUGUUUUUUUAUGAUUGUAAAUUUAUUUUGUUAUUUUAUAAACAAAAAACACAUGUUCAACAGUUUUUCAUGUAAUUGAGCCAAGUCAGUGAAUAUUGCAUUUUCUUUUUUCAAGAACAGUUGUUUUCAUUCUAGUCAGUGUCUCAUUCAUCUGUACAGUUGAAUUUUCCAUAUUCUAGUCAUGUUAAAAUAUGUUUUGCUUUUUCUGAAAGCAUACAGUAAAGAUACAAAUAUAAGUCCAUCAAUAGCAUCAUCUUUGCAUCAGCAUAAAAUACACCAUUACUUAAAAACAAACUCAAACCUUUACUGAUUGGCUGAUAGUUUUUUGCUAAGUAAAGAAUGGAAAAUGUGUUGCCUAUUAUAUCUCAAAAUAUUUAUAGACCUUUUUUGGGAUAAUGCAAUUCUUAUUGUAUGCUCUUUUCCUUGUAAGGCUGUGGUUUUAGAAGGUUAUUUGAUGCUUUGAAUUUGAUGUCUUCCUGUUUCUAAAGUGAACUUGUGCAAUAUUGUAUAGUUUUGAAUCUCAAACAUAGGGAAGUUUGUCUCGACGAUUUCUUGAUUAUUGUUAUUACUUAUGUUUCAUGAAAAUUGGUACACAUUUUAACAGUUCAGUAUGUUUUACAGGUGUCAUAACUUUUCGCUCUUUGAUUAUUUGAAUAGACUACUGUUAUCAGACGAGCGUUUUUAUCUGCUUGCGGAUAUUUUAUUCUGAGUAUAUGUAGUUUGGAUGGUCUUGUGAUUAACCAUGAUGUAUGUAGGGGAGAACUUCUGGUAGCUUUCUGUGUUGAUUUUCACUAUACCUAACAGCUAGCAUCUCAAACACAAAAAAGUCUCAUAAGUAUUAUAUAGGUUUGCGAAUGUUGUCUGUCUGUCGACAAUGUUUUGAUCUUUUCAUUAUGGACCAUGUAUGUCACUUCAGUGGUAGGUUGCCCUCAACCGGUAGAUGACCACUAUUGUUUUUAGGUCAUUUGGUCAGAGGUCAAUGUCAACAGUAUUAUGAAAACUUUGUCCACAUAAUAACUAGAAAAACGGGUUGACCUAGGAUCAUGCAACUUGACAAUUGUGAGGUUGCCCUUAACUAGUAAAUUAUAUAUCCAGUGUUUUUUUUGGUAAAUAGGUAAAUUGUCAUGGUUAUGGUCAAACGUCUUAUUACAAAAUUGUCCACAAUAACUUCAGGAUGUUUGACCUAUGACCAUGAGACUACAGCCGUAGUUUUCCAUUGUCCAUUAUAUGAACCCUCUUUUUGGAAGAUAGGGGACAGUCUGUAAAGGUCAGAGGCAUCAGUCUAAUGAACACUUUGUUACCAGAUCAAACUUCGAAAGUUUGUCUUCACUUUUUAAUUUUUUAAAAAACUUUGUGCAUACAUUAAACAUCUUUUUACAUUCUUCAAUCUUUACAUGUUUAUGACAAACAGCGUUUGGUGUCAUAAUGUUUUACACACAUCUAAUGUUUAUAUUGUUUUGUUAAAACGUAAUGUUUGUCAUUAUAACUUAGUAUUGUUUUAUUCUAAGAAAUAAAAAAAAU